AUGUUCGUCACUAUUGCAGUGUGCUCAUUCCUGUUGGGGGUGGGUCUGACAUUGCUCUCCCUAUACCUGAUCUAUAAAAGCCAGCUGCGUUUGAUGCCUCAGGCAAAUAUUCCACAUGUUCCACAGUUUGCUCCCUACAAAUUACCAAAGGAACUUUUGCAGUUGUUGAAAGACCCUGGUCAGCUUGGUAAAAAGGAAGAUUGUAUUUAUCUGAACCUGCUUUUUCAGUUUUUGUUCAAAGAACUGAAAGACUCCAAACGAAUCAGACAAUGGGCCGUAAAGAAGAUGAAUGUAGAGUUUGAGGAAAUGUUGCAGACUACAACUGGCAAGUUGAUUGAUCAGAUAUCGGUGAGGGACUUCAAUAUGGGCAGUUCCUUCCCUGUGCUUAAGUCUGUUGCUGUACAGAAAGCUCAGAUAGAACAAGAAGAUCAACUGGAGGUAUUAGAUCUGGCCAUGGACAUAGAUUACAGUGGAGGGUUCCAGCUAGCGGUAGAUAUUGACCUUGUGUUUGGAAAGUGGGCUUAUCUGUGUGUGACCAUUACUAGUCUUAAAGGUAUAGGCAGACUUCAGUUGUCACGUCAGCCCUAUACUCACUGGUCCUUCUCAUUUUACGAGGAGCCACAGAUUGCCUUCAGCAUAGAUUCAAGGUAUGGUGGAAAAGCUCUUCCUCAAAUCACCUCACUUGUCAUCACUCAGAUAAAAAGGUCAUUAAGAAAGAAACAUAUAUUACCUAAUUAUAAGAUGAGAUUUCGACCCUUUUUCGACCGCCCAGAAGAAUUUAAAGUUGCCAGGGAAUUGAGAAUCCAUGGUAACAGAAUAGGUGAAGGUCAGCUACAGGUGACCAUUGUAGAGUGUAGCCGACUGUCCAUCACAGAGGUGCCUGCUAAUUGUCAGCUGUACUGUACACUGUCUAUAGAUAACAUGGAGUGGACGGAAUUAGUAGACUUAAAGAAGAAAGUAUGGGAUGUUCUAGACAUUGAGAUUGUCACAAUGCCUGCAGCAUCAAUAGGACUAAAUAUGAAGGAGGACUUCCUGCUGGAGAAGUAUGAGGAUGUAGUGGUAAUAGACAGUGUUGUGCCAAAGUCACCAGCAGCCAUGACAGAUAUCAGAAAGGGAGAUAUACUAGUCAGUGUGGGAACUUCAAGAGUUACAUCAUCCAAGCAGGCCAAAAAGCUGUUUAAAAAUGCUGGAGACAGAUUUACUGUCCGCAUAGAGAGACCCAAGUCUAAAAGCCAGCAAUCCCAGGACAUGCCACAAACAGAGGAGAGCUUUCUAUCAUUGGAUGUAGACAGUGACUUAGGUGGACAAGAAAAGUCAUGUGAUCAGAAGGAGGACUUUGUGCACAUCAGUUUCAAAAUGUCAGAUUAUGAGGACAAAAAAGUACAACCAGGGGUCAAGGAUGUUACAGAAAAACAAGGUCAGAUAGGGUUCAAGGACACUACAGAGAAAAUGUCGCAGAAACAAGGGGUCAUGUCUUUUGUUAAUACAGGGAAAGCAUUGUUACAGAGGAAGGUGAAAGGUCAAACAGAUGGUGGCAAAGGUAGCGUUUCUUUAUCUUCUUCAGCAGUGGACACAACUGCAAAAGCCAUGAAGGGUUUCACUCAAACUCAGUCUGCAUCCUCCUCCCCACGGAAAGAGGUCAACCUGAAGUCUGUACGACAGCGGGCCCACAGCGACACUGCUCUUAUAACGGUUCAGGAUGACCUUGAUGAAGAUGGAGGUAGUGAUGGAGAGGAUGUCCAGGACCAGGAUGACCAGUCAUGUGACCAGCACAAGACAGAGGAGAUCUCCUCUAGGCAGAACCCCAAAUGGGAUGAGAAGUUUAUGUUACAUGUGGAUAAGGAUGCUUGCUACCUCAACGUGUGUGUCUGGUGUAAAAUUCCUCCCAAGCUUGACAAACACGUCAGAGUUAUUAAACCAGGCAAGGAGAUUUUACUGGGACAUGUGAGUCUGUCUGUACCUGAUAUAUGUCUGGACUGUUUGAUGACCACACAGGGAGAUACACAGCAUACCAUUCCCCUGGUACACACAGACCCCAGGGCUGGGGCAAGUCGUGCUAAAUUUUCUAAUCUGGCAAGUCACAAAGGUUUUGAGCCAUCCCUCUGUAAUGGGGACAUAACUCUUGCGUUUUGGCACAAACCUGUCAAGAUGAGUGAUGAGGACCGGAAAAAGAUGACCAAAAUGAAGCGGGAGGUCCAUACAGAAUCUCCACCUCCAGAUCUACCACCGGUCAACACUAAAGAGAGUGAUAUAAACUGUAUCAAAAAGAUUGAAGAGGGUAGACAUGAUUUUACUGGGACCAAUUUUAAUACUGCAACUUAUUGUGAUUUUUGUGGAAGGAAGAUUUGGUUGAAAGAAGCAUUCCAGUGUUACACCUGUUCAAUGAUAUGUCAUAAGAAAUGUACAGAGAAAUGUCAGGCACAGACUCUGUGUACUUUGCAAGGACCAAAAGUACGUGAGCAUCCCACACAAUCGUGGAAAGCUCCCAUCACUCGGACCGAGGCGGAGCGCAAGAAGACCAAAGAAGGAGCUGCUCAGAAGACUGGAGGAUUGUUGAGUAAAUUCCGCAAGGACAGCAGUCUGGAGAGAAAGCAGGUUGCUGCUGUGCAGAAAUCUCCCUCCCCCGAACGACUUGCUGUUCCCCAAUCCUCCCCCAACCUGUCCCCACAGUUAAGUCCUCAGUUUUUGCGGCGACGAAACUCUGCCCCGGCCCCAGACAAAGAUGGAGGGGCAGAGGUGGAGAAACAGACCUCCUCAGAGUCCUGGCUUACAGAUGGCUUACCUUCCCUUCCUCACACCCGAUCCACCACAUCUAUACAGUCUCUCACAAGCAGCCUGUCGAACUCCGACAUGAUCUUCAAGGAAAAGGAAUUAUUUGAUAGCUCGGAUGAAUCUGAUGGUGAAAUGGCUGCAGAACUACAAGACCGUAUGGCCAAAAUGAAAAAGGUCAAAGGUCAUAACAACCUAGAUGAAAUGGUUGUUAUGGCUGCGAAGGAAAUGGGAAAGGAACUAUUUGCUGAACUCUCAUUGGAGGAAAGGAAAGAAAAACUUGACAACAUGGUUAUGAAAUUACAGAAGGAGAUUGACAAAGAGUCUGAGAAUAAAACAGAAUUACUGAGGUUAGAUCAGGAAGUGUCAGAUCCAGCCCAUAGAGAUAGCAUACACAAGCGUAUCGCUAAGUCGGAUGAGAAAGUAGAGGCCAUGAUGAUGAUGAUGCUGCAUUACUGUGCAGGCCUACAGUACUGUUUAGACCAGGAAGGGGAGGACAGACAGAAGGCAAAGCCUGAGUCGACAAUGGAACCCAUCAUGGAUGAGUUUGUCGUUACUGACAUCCAGAAGGGAGACUCAGCCUCUUCAGAGUCUGAAAAGGAGGCUUCAUUGACGGACGGUGUACAAAAAGCAAGCAGUGUUCAGCCUGUUUUUGACUUGAAAGUUUCUGAUGAAUGUUUGCCAGAGUAUCGCGAAAUGGACCUCUGCAUGGGCACAGAACACUCGCCAGCUAUACGAAUCAAGGGGGCAGAAUUUGGGGCUCAUUUUAAGAAUUCUGAUAAGACAGUAAUGUUUACCUUGGAUACUGAUGAUGAAGACUUUGGUGCAGAGAGUGGUGUCGUGACAACAAUUACUUCAGCCUCUGAUGGCUCCGUUGAAAUGGAUGAUGAUGAAGGAGAGGAUGGCAUGGAUGUGACAUCAUCAGGACAGUUUCCAAUGUUUGACAUAGUAGAUGAUGAUUUAGAAGUAUCAACUGCAAAAGAUAAGAUAGUUUAA